UUGUGUUUCUUUAUAAGAAACGCCAUUUUCUUAAUCCCUUGUCUUUUUUCUGUCUCGUCUUUGUCCUUUCGAUUCUCUCUGUGAUUUCUCUUUGGGUCUUCAACAUGAGUGAGGUUCAUGAAGGUGACUCUGUAACCAUUGGAAAGCUCAAGCAAUUGCAAGCUCAGUUCGCCAAAGACAGGAAUUGGGAUCAAUAUCACAGCCCAAGAAACCUUCUCUUGGCUAUGGUGGGUGAAGUGGGAGAAUUGUCCGAGAUAUUUCAGUGGAAAGGUGAGGUUAAACGUGGACUUCCAGAGUUUAAAGAGGAAGAAAAAGUUCAUCUUGGAGAAGAGCUUUCUGACGUGUUGCUAUACCUUGUUCGUCUCUCUGACAUUUGUGGUGUUGAUCUUGGCAAAGCUGCCUUGAGAAAAGUCGAACUCAAUGCUAUUAAAUAUCCAGCAAAAGCUAACAAAGAAGUCACAAACAAGGAAGAUAAUAAUGGUACCGCUUGAGGGUGACACAUUGGAAGGAGUUAGUAUUAUGGUUUGUAUACUACUAUAUUGCAUUGAAACUGGUAUUAGAUACUUAUAAUUUUCUCACAGAUUUUUUUGAUGUUAUGUAUUUCCUUUUCAAAUGCAAGAAAAAUGACAUGAUUCAUCGAUCUUCUUUC